UCUCAUCCUGUUGUUUUGAUGUUUGAGGCGAAGGAAGGGACAAAAGUCGCGAACAGCUUUGAGAAUCACAAUGUUGUGGAAAUUUGCUGUGUUUGUCGCGGACUCUGCGUGGCCGGCGCAGAAAAGUGUCGCAUAAUGACCCGUGCGUUGCCUCUGAGCCCCGGUGCCAACAGGCAGUGCAGUGCAGUGUGUCUUUCCUAGCCUUUCCUUAUCAGACGUCAGUUAGUCUUCGUGAUAUAACCUCGCAGAUAGUGGGGCUCAAACGUCCAGGGUUUUACCAAAUCAAACAAUUAUGUGCCUCGAAGCGCUGCUCGGCUUCGGCCGAAAAUGGCGCUACUGGAUUCGGCCGGCGGUGAUGACCGUGUAUGCUAUUGUGAUCGUGAUCCUACUGCCCAUCCUGGUGAUGAGCGCCGUCAAGAAUGGCUUCCAGAAGACUGACCAGGGAGUGCUCAUCGGGGGUGUUUUCGUCCUCAUGGCCCUCCCCAUCGCCUUCUGGCAAAUCACCCAGCAUAUGGUUCACUACACAAAGCCCAGGCUGCAGAAGCAUAUCAUUAGAAUACUCUGGAUGGUACCGUUGUACGCAUUAAAUGCGUGGCUGGGUUUGAUUAUGCCAGCACAGUCCAUCUACUUUGACAGUUUACGUGAAUGCUAUGAAGCUUAUGUAAUCUACAAUUUUAUGAUUUUCCUGUUCAACUACCUAAAUGAAGAGGAAGUAAAUUUUGUGGCUAAUUUAGAGCUCAAACCUCAAACACAUCACUUAUUCCCCUUGUGUUGUUUACCGACAUGGGAAAUGGGCAGAGAACUUGUCCAUAAUUGCAAGCAUGGAAUUCUACAGUAUACAGUUGUGCGACCUGUGACCACAGCCAUUUCUUUCAUAUGUGAACUAGCUGGGGUUUAUAGAGAAGGAGAAUUUCGAGGUGAUUCAGCAUUUCCAUACAUGAUUGCUGUCAAUAACUUCUCCCAAUUCAUAGCCAUGUACUGCCUUGUCUUAUUUUACAAAGCUAACAAAGAAGAAUUAUUGCCAAUGAAACCUAUUGGCAAGUUUUUGUGUAUCAAGGCAGUUGUAUUCUUUUCUUUCUUCCAAGGAGUAAUUAUUUCAGUGCUGGUAUACACAGGAGUGAUUUCUUCUGUGUUUGGUACUGAGGACAAAACUGAUGUGAAGGACAUUUCUUCAGGACUUCAGGACUUCUUAAUUUGUAUCGAGAUGUUCUUAGCAGCGGUAGCUCAUCAUUAUAGUUUCUCCUAUAAGCCUUAUGUGAACGAUGCAGCAGAGCAUAAGUCGUGCUGCGAUGCCUUCCUUGCAAUGUGGGAUCUGUCCGAUGUCCACUCAGAUGUCAAGGAGCACAUCGGGGUUGUCGGGAGCACACUUAGUCGCCACAUUCGAGGCAAAGGAAUGUACAGGUCCCCAAGCGAAGGAACCCGUCUAUUGCACCCUGUGGAAGUGGACUACGCACCUGAAGCCAUAGAAGAUAUAUCACACCGAAGUGCCCCGGGUAGACUUGGUGCCUCUGCUCCUUACCAAGGCUACAGCAGUAUGAUGGACAGCCAGCAAACUAAUUCCGUCAGUGGAAGCAGUUCAAUCACAAGCCGGACUGUUUCUCCAACACUUAGCCCGAAAGAAGAAGAUGAAGAUUCUCUCAUGGAUUUUACUGAGCUGUCACCUGAUUCAGAGUAUCAACCUCCGCCGUGCCCUGAAGCUUAAAAAUGAUCUUGCAAUAAUUUCAAAGCAUUGUUGUUUGUAUUUUUUAUUUAUUAGAGAUAAAUAUUUUGACAAGUAUUCUAUUGUGAUGGUAUUAGACACGUCAUUCUAAAGACAGUCAGUGCUGAUCAAAAUUCUUUAUGUAAAAUUUGAAUUUUACAUUUUUAGGUUUAGAAGAGCAUUAUAAUUUAAAUCUUUUACUCCAUUUUUGGGCCUGGUGGAGAGGUUUCCUGUUACUCUUUGGCAAUUUAAUUGUCUUGUGUUGACUGCAGUAUAGUAAUCUGUUCAUUUUUUGCUGUUGCAAGACAAUUGUUUCCAUGUUGUCAGCUACAUAAUGUAUUUAUAACUUUUUAUAAAGUGAUGGAUGUUGAGUGUGCAAUACUGAGCAUGGUUUUGCGUGAUCCAAUAUCUACAUAGUAUGUUUUCUCUUGACUGUGACAUGAAUGCUGUGAUUGAAAAUAAUGUCUUUCUUGUUAACCUGGGUGCAUUUUGCUUCAGGGCAAAUGCAGAUUCUCAAGGAAGAUGCAUGACAGUAGUUUGGAAUGCCCAAAUGCUUGGAAAGGUUGAGCCUGACUGCAAUAAUUGCACCAAUCAGAUAUUUUAUUGUUUGAGUAAUUGCUAAGAUGAUAGUUAUUUUAAUAAAUGGCAACUGUAGUUACAUAUUUUACUGCCUUAGAAGACUAUAUUUCUGAAUACUUCUAUGUAUUUGUUAAAAUUAUUUAGUGUGAAUAUUAAAUAUACAUUGUAUGUGCUUAGCAUGUAUGCCAAAAUGUGAUAUGUCUAUUUUUUCUAGAAGUUAUUGGUAUCUGUAAUAAUCUAAUAGGGUCUAAUCACUGAUUGUACUGAACUGAAUGACAUUCCCUUGUAAGCCCGGUUAUGUAUUUUAUUUCCCCUCUUAAAGAUAGCUUAGGUACCCUCUUGUACCCUCUUACCCUCUUGUAGAGUCUAUCUUUACCAUGCAACCUUUCUUUUUUAUUCCUAUUGGUCUCCUUUUAUUCAUGAACACUUUGUAAAUUAUUUUGUGCCUGUCCCCUUUUGUGAGUUUGUGUAUUGUCUUAGUUUUUCAUUUGGUAUCCUUGAAGACCAUUAUCUCAGUGCUGGCCUAUCGAGUGUAUUGCUUCACAUGAUAGGCCUAGAGCUUAACACAUUUCAGUCUUCAGUGUUUCUUUCGUUUUCUAGAAAGAAACGCUUUGAAUUAGAUUCCCCCAAUGUCUUUUCGUUUUCUGUACAUUUGAAGCGACCAUUUUAUAAAUUUCAAAGGGUAACCUGUACACUAGCUGUGUAUCAUAAUUGUGAUAUUGAAAGUUUGAAGUACACUAGUCCUUGUAA